GAUGAAGCUCGCGGGCACUAACGAGCGCAUAGAAUCGGAAACGGGGACCCCGCACCAUACAAGUAAGUUCAAGAAGUGUUCAUAUACAUAAACGCUCUCGCUCCCUCUUCCCUCUACAAACACCAGCCCACAACUCACAAACUCGUGUGUCUUGCCUCAUUGCUAGUGCUCGUGCUCUCAAAUCACCGUCUCAAAAAUGGCCUCCCCUCUCAGAAUCGGCUAUGUGCCCGAGCACUUUUCCACCCCCCUCCACUUCGCCAAGCAGUACUUCGGCCUCGACGCCACCCUCAUCGCCUUCCCGUCCGGAACCGGCCACAUGAUUACCGCAAUCCGCGGGGGUGAGAUCGACGUCGCAAUUGGCCUGACCGAGGGCUGGAUCGCUGGUCUCGGCAAGGAAGAUGCCCCCGGCGACGGCGGCUACCGUCUCGUCGGCACCUACGUCGACACCCCUCUGUGCUGGGCCAUCUCCACCGGCGCCCAGCGCCCCGAGAUCAAGUCCGUCGAGUCCCUCAAGGGCGGCAAGAUCGGCGUGUCACGCAUCGGCUCCGGCAGCCAGAUCAUGGGCUUCGUCCUCGCCGACCAGCACGGCUGGCUGACGCCGUCGUCGCCGCAGCCCUUCUCCGACACGGUCAUCCUCAACAACUUUGAGAACCUGCGCAACGCCGUCAACUCGGGCGCCGCCGACUUCUUCAUGUGGGAGCACUUCACCUCCAAGCGCUACUACGACUCGGGCGAGAUCCGCCGCGUCGGCGAGAUCUACACCCCCUGGAGCAGCUGGAAGAUCGUCGCCUCCACGGCGCUGGCCAAGGACGAAGGUCAGAAGCUCGACCCGCGCGUCAAGGACCUGUUCGCCAAGCUCGACCGCGGCAUCCGCCACUUCAACGAGAACAAGGACGAGGCCGUCAAGUACAUCAGCACUCGCCUCGACUACUCCGAGGCCGACGCCCGCGAGUGGCUCAAGACGGUCAAGUUCACCGACGGCGUCGAGGGCGUCAAGCCCGAAGUCGUCCAGAGCACCGUCGACAUCCUGAGGAAGGCGAGCGUCCUGGUCGAGGGCAAGGGGAGGCAGCCGGAGGCCAUGGUGGUCAGGGACUAAAAGAAACCCACUGGAAUAAGAAGUAAAUAAAUUUGUAAGCUUAGCGGUUCUCCCGUCCAUUAUCCAUCGUAGCCGUGAAUAAGGUCAUUCAUGAUCGCACAUGUGACUAAAGGCCCAAA